AUGGCCGACAACCCCGAGCCGAGCGCUGACUCUCAGAUCACCUUCAAGGUGAAGACUUCCUCAGACAGCACGCAUAGCAUCACUAUCAACGAUACAGCAACUGUCCUCGACCUCAAGACUAAGCUCGCGGGAGAGGACUUUGAGAACAUUCCCGUUGAACGACAGCGCCUAAUCUACUCUGGCCGAGUCAUGAAGAACGAUGAUGCUCUGAGCACUUACAAGAUUAAGCACAACAACACAAUCCACAUGGUCAAGAGCGCUGCCAGCAAUCAGCAGCCGAACCAAACUCCCACCGCCAACACCUCCACAUCGACUCCCGCCCCCACCAACAUGGCUUCAGGCACAGCCAACCAACCUUUUGCCAACUUGACUGGUGCUCGAUAUGCUGGGUUUGGAAAUGGCCUUCCCGGGCUUGACAUGUUUGGGCCCGACGGUGGUAUGGGCGCUCCUAUGGACGAGGCACGAAUUCAACGACUCAUGUCCGAUCCCAACGUUCAACAAUCUAUGAACGAGGCUCUCAACAAUCCCGAUUUUAUCAACAUGCUGAUCGAUUCGAACCCUAUGCUUCGAAAUCUUCCCAACGCCCGAGAAAUCAUCACAUCGCCAUUUAUGCGACAGAUGAUGAGCAGCCCCGAGAUGAUGAGCCAGGCUAUGCGUAUGCAGCGAAGCAUGCAAGGAGGAGAGGCUGGAGCUUUCCCAGCUCCUGGUGCUACUGAUACCACACCCCAGGGCGCAGCCAGCGGAGGAAAUGCGCAGGGUCAACAAGGCCAGGCAAACCCUUUCGCCAACCCAUUUCUCUCAGGCAUGAUGGGAGGCCAACAGGGAGGCAACGCCCCUGACAUGGCUCAGUUGAUGCAGCAGCUCCAGGGACUUCGCUCACUGUACGGAGACGUCGGCCAGGGACAGACAGCGACGGGACAGACGGGACAGACUGGCACAGGGAACACACCCAGCCAAGGAGCGACGGACAGUUCGGCCGAUGCGCAAACUUCUGGAACAACGCCCAGCCAAGGUGGUGCGCAGCAGGGCUCAACCACUAGCCCACCUCCCGCGAACCCAUUCGCUGCGCUCUUCCCUCCUCCCGGAGCUGGCGCCCAGCCCAAUAACCCCUUUGGUAUGAACCCCGAGAUGAUGCAGCAGAUGAUGCAAAUGCUCGGUGGUGGUGGAUUGGACUCGGCUCCAGCGGCUCCUGCUGAUAACCGACCUCCGGAAGAGCGCUACGCUGAGCAAUUGCGCCAGCUUAAUGACAUGGGUUUCUUUGACUUUGACCGCAAUGUUGCGGCGCUGCGUCGAAGUGGUGGAAGUGUUCAGGGUGCCAUUGAGCAUUUGCUCAGCGGACCUUGA